UUACAAAAAUCAAGUGAUUAUAUUUCCCAGAAUUCACCAGAAACUGAACCCCAGAAUUUUCUCGGCAACCAACCAAACAUGUCCUUAGCAUCAUCGUCUCCAUAUUCGCAUCAAACCUUCCUUACCAACGCUUUCACGUUCACUCACAAACCCAGAACUAAGCUUCCCAGCUCACCUGCUUUCGUCUCCUGCAGAUUCCACUCCGAUGACCACAAAGAUUCCCCCUGCAGAAAUGAGAAACAGUUAGCAACGCUAGCAAUAGUGACAUUGGCUGCUGGAGCAUUGAGUCUCGGCUCGGUGGGCGACGCUUCCGCCGCCAAAACCGGCGGUCGAGUCGGCGGUCAAGCGUUCCGUUCGUCGGUUCCUCGCUCAGCACCGAGAGCCAAUAGCAAUUCCAGGACCAACAUUUACAUUAAUCCACCGGUUGCCCCACCUCUAGUCGGAGGCUAUGGAUAUGGUUACGGUGUUCCGUUCUACGGUGGCUGGGGCUGGUCGCCGUUCUCCUUCUUUGCUCCUGGCCCAAGUGUUGCCGUCGGUGUCGGAGGCGGAUUCGACACGCUCGUCUUCUUCUUGUUUCUGGGUGCUUUUGCAGCUGUUGUAAGGAGAUUUUUCGGAUCAAGAAAUGAAGAUGAAGAUGAAGAUGAAUAUUAGUAGAAAUAACAAGACAAGAAACGUAGUUUGAACAUGUAAAGUUCGAGUAACCGAAAAUUAAAACAACGUUGUUUUGAUCUUUAAUUGAAUAAUUUAAUUAUUUACCUA